GACGCUGCCGGGGCGGUUGAGCCAGGUGGAGGUCCCGGGGCCUGGCACCUGCAGCUCACCCCACCCAGGACUGAGGGGGGGCGGCUGGUGCGCAGGAGGUGGAGGGGAGGGAGUUAAUCACGUCUGGACAGGGACUUCCUCCCAGAGCAGAGAUGGGAUGGGGAGGCCGAAGUGUGGCGGGGCAGGCAGUCUGGGGCGGGGGAGGGGUGCUGCAUCUCGCACGGAGCCAGUGGCACGGAGCCUGCCGGACAGACUGGAAACAGGCUGUUUCCCUGCAGUUGAGGCAGUUGGUGCUAAGUCCUGCCCAGCCAACUUCUCGGCAGCUGUUGACCGCAUCCUCAGUGGCUUCCAGGAAGACUUUUUGUGGCCCCUGCUGGUGGCUGAGUUCCUGGUGGCCGCGGCCAGCAACGGCCUGGCCCUCUACCGCUUUGGCACCCGGGAGCAGCGCCCGUGGCACCCAGCCGUGGUCUUCUCGGCCCAGCUGGCCAUCAGCGACCUGCUCUACGGCCUGACGCUGCUCCCACUGGCUGCCUACUUCUACCCGCCCAAGAACUGGCAGUACGGGGAGCUCGCCUGCCGCCUGGAGCGCUUCCUCUUCACCUGCAACCUGCUGGGCAGUGUCGUCUUCCUCACCUGCAUCAGCCUAAACCGCUACCUGGGCACUGUCCACCCCUUUUUCACCCGCAGCAGCCUGCGGCCCAAGCAUGCCUGGGCCAUCAGCGCCGCUGGCUGGGCACUGGCAGCCCUGCUGGCCGCGCCGACGCUCCGCUUCUCCCACCUGAAGAGGCCGCUGGAGGCAGGCGGCUGUACCUCGGUCAGGCCCGAGGCCUGCACCAAGUGCCUGGGGACCGCGGAUGACCACCAGCUCGAGGCCUACAGAGCCUACAGCUUGGUGCUGGCGGCGCUGGGCUGCGGCCUGCCGCUGGUGCUUACCCUGGGGGCCUAUGGCGCCCUCGGGCGGGCUGUACUGCGCAGCCACGGCAUGACGGCAGCCGAGAAGCUGCGCGUGGCAGUGCUGGUGGCCAGCGGCCUGGCCCUCUAUGCCAGUUCCUACGUGCCCUACUAUGUCACACAGGUGCUCAAUGUGUACGCCCGGCAGCGCUGGAGGGCCCGCUGCCCGGCCUUUGCCAGCGUGGAUGAGGCCACAGCAGCCCUGGAUCAGAAGACCUAUGUGAGCCACCAGGCCAUGCGUGGCCUCAUGCCUGUGGCCAUCUGCGUCCACCCACUGCUUUACAUGGCGGUGGCCCCCAGCCUGGGCUGCUGCCACCAGAGCUGCCUCGGCUGCAGGGGGAGCCGAACCCCAGAGGACGCUGGGAGCUCUGGCCAAGUCCUGCCCCUCAAUGUCACAGCCACUCCCCAAACCGUGGGGCCCUAGGCCCCUGAGGCCACAACCUGACAUUCUGAGCUGCCACCUCCUCACCACAAGGCACUGGGACCAGCAGAAUAGGGGCCGAGAGCCCGGGAGGCCCCUGGCCCUGAACCGCCAACGGGCCCCAAAUCACCACUGCUUCCCUUACAGAAAGACCCACUGGGGGACCGGCAAGUGCCCAGGCCACAGCGGCUGAAUUUCUGCCCACAGCACUGACCCGGGGAGGGCUGGCCCCACUAGCCACAGAGCAGGUGACCUCUGUGAAUAAUGUGAAUAAACGAGACAGCAUGUGA